AUGACUCCGGCACCCUCGCAGCUAAGCGGGUCUCCCCUGGGAAUUGUCAGCUCCGACAAAGAUCUAUUGAACACACCUUCCCCCUCACAAAUAAUGCCCUCGUCAAUGGAUCUUAUGAGUUGCGGCCAGGACCCUUUCGACCAGCAGCUAAUCAGGGCCCUUCUUAGUCCUGCCAAUACACUCAGCCCAACCAAAGACGCAGAAACCCCUGCCUCUUUAUCAAAGUCAGUAUUUCAACAAGAACCGAUCAAGCCAGAACCAGACUGUCAGAAUCCUAUGGACUUUGCAGCGGCGCUACUGUCAGCGUCGACCCCGCUUCCGGCGUCGUCUGCUACUCAGGGCUUGGAGAUGACAGAUAUUAACGAAGAGAUCACGCAGGAAGCUGCGUCAAUAAGAGUUGCUUCCCACAAACCACAGCCAGCGACAGAGAAAAAGAUCUCGUCCAAAGCACCAGGGAUCACUAAGCGCCAUAGUGUGAGCCGUCAGGCACAGCAGCCCCCAUUAGUGACACACCAGCAUCACACCCCUCCUCCUUUCGCCUCUCCCUUAAUCCGACACCACCAUCAUCCACACCACCAACACCACAAGUCUGGUUCGCUUGAUCUCCGCAGAUCUAGCCUCGAGCGAUUUCUGAAGCAACAAACCUCUCAGAUUCAACACGGACAUAUCCCCUCCGCUGGCCUGGUCACUAUGCACAUGCCAACCAUUUUGAACAACCUUGCGACAAUUAGUCCCUCUCUCCUACCGCCAGGUGAACAACCCCAACUUCAACAGCAACAGCAAUUGUUCCAACAGAUCCCCCAAGCACAGCGGCAACAGCAACCGUGUCCACAAAACGCUGAAUUGCUGCAGUUACAGCAGCAACAUCCUCGAGUUUCAUCUAUCCACUGUGCGACCAAUGUGCUCAGCAAUACCGCUGGCCCACAACGAACGCAGUCGAUUUUUAAGCGCAGAUUGACCAAAGACAAACUGACUAAACACGAUCGUGAAGAAGUAUGGCCUGCGGAUGUUGAGAAGGUCUUUUAUGAAGCUCUUGAACUGAUCCCCAAGCUGGGUCGUCGCAAGGUCCUGGUCGAUGGAAAGCCAUGUGGACGAAACGAGCUCAUUGCGGACUAUAUUUUCAAGCGCACUAACAAGAUCCGGACGCGCAAGCAGGUCUCUUCCCAUAUUCAAGUCCUCAAGAACACCCGGAAGAGUGAUGCAGCCUUCAUGAAGCUGCUGAUGGAUAGCGGAGAUGGAGAAGAUGAAUUGACGAUCGAUAUCUCGACUGGCUGCUUCUCCCCCUUUGAGAGCCUAGAGGCCUCGCCUACAUCACCGGUAUUUCCCAUGGACCACGGUCCCUUGAGUCAGCGACGCAACUCAAUCGCCUCAAUCUCAUCCUUUGCAUUCCAACUUCACCAGCUCACGCCGUCCCAAGGACGCCCGCCGACCAAGAAACACCGGCAUACGCAAAGUAUGUCGUCCAUCAUGUCCGAAACGGCCUUAUCAAACCACUUUUCCAAUCAACUGACUUGCGACGUAACAAGCCGCCCGAUCUGUGAGCACUCAGAGUUGACGCCCGACUCGGCCGUGUCCCUGUCUGCGGACGUGAACUGGAAGAGCAGCUCAACAACUGCGACAUCGACGUCGUCUGGGUCGGAAGAUGGUUCCUCUGAGAUUACUGCUCCUAGCACAAGCCUCUGUAGUAACCUUUUUACACGCGAGGACACGGGUAUCAGUGACUUGACAGCCGAGAUCACGUACCCGUUCUGGCCGAGCGUAUUUGGACUCUUUACAGAGUACAUCUCGGACCUGAGUCCUGGGAUCUCACAGAUGCACUCGUUAGCACGGUCGAGCGAUCUGGGACAGCGGUCGUUUGGUAGCAUCAAUGUCCAUCAGAUGCCGCAGGAAAAGUUCCCGACGCUGUGUGAGCUUUACCAAAAGACCAUGUGCACAUUCUUGUUCUUCAAGAUCAAGUUGGAUCUGAACCUCAAUCUGAAUGGAGUGUUUGGGAACACGUCGUUGUUUGAUUCGACGGAGCGACGGCUGAUCGAGUGCACGACUUCAAUCUAUUCGUUUGGGAGCAAGGUUCUAGAAGCCAAGGAGCUGAGGCAGGCAGCGGUGAUUGAGAACAAGUUUGUGUACAACUUUGAGUUUGUGAACCAGUUCUUUGGCGCGUUCCUGAACGGGAUCCGGGGCCUGACAACAUGGAGUGAGAUUGAUAUUGCGCUGAGCAAUCUAUCGGUCGUACAGGUCUUUGAGGAUAAGGAUACGAGGUUCGAGAGCCCUGCGCCGCUGUUGGUUAUGGCGUUUGAUUUCGAGAGAGGGCAAGGUGAUGUCGAGACGUAUUUCAUUGCGGACGGAUCGGAUAUGUUGGAGUCCCUUGUUUGCUGA